AAAUAUUCUAAAAAUGCUACUAAAGAUGGAGACGUUUCAGUGCUAUGCUUUGUAAUUCAUUUUAAUCUGCUUACAUCUAGGUUCAUUGAAUAAGAUGGAAGAACAUUACGGUAUUGCAAUAACUAACAAGUUUGCUUUGUUUGAUGGGGACGAAGAUUCCGAUCCGUUGGAUAUUAUUAAAUUAAAACAAGAUGAAGCUGAAAAACUAAAGUUGCAAUCACAAGGAACCAAAAAAGCGAAAUCACUUGAUACUAAAAAUAAAAGUGGCAAAAAUCAAAAUUCAAAAGCUGUCGGUGUGGGCUUAGAAACAGUAAGAAGAUCAGACGAUUCAAAAAAGACAAGUGGCAGUAGCAGAAAAGAAAACCUUCCCAAUGGCAAAAUUACAACUUCUAUCAUUAGGCCUAAGUCUGCAGAUAUAAGGUACAAACCUGACAAAGUAAUUCUAAGUCUACAAAAUAGCCAAAUGACGGCUGAUGAUUCAGUUCUAGAAUCAAAUGAGACACUUAUAACAGAAAAUGACUUGGAGGGAUUCAAAGAGAAACUCUCAAGAAGCUCCAGACAGAAACUUGAUGGCAAUUCUUCACAGACUAGACAUAAAGAAAACUUAAAGGCUGAAGCUCCCACUGGAAGUUUAAGAGGUCAGGGCAGAGGUUUCAGGAGAGGUACCAAUUUCAACAGAAGAGGACCAGACAGAAACAGGCGUGAAUUUGACAGACAUAGUGGUAAUGAGAAAAGUGGUGUGAAAAGUUUAGAUAAAAAAGACGGUGCUGGAGCUCAUAACUGGGGAUCGAAUGCUGAAGUCAUCGAUGAUCAGAUGUCUGCCAGCAUGACAAAGGAUGUCAAAAUGGAGGAUGCAAAUAAGGAAGAUUCUCAACAGCAACCUAAACUGCAAGAUGGAAAUACAGAGCCAGCUGCAGUAAAUGGUGAUCAAGAAAUGCCUGAGGAAGAAAUCAAAGAGAUGACUUUGGAUGAAUGGAAAGCAAUUGAAGAAAGUAAGAGAAUUAAAGCAGAGUUCAAUUUGAGAAAAGCUGGGGAAGGUUGUAGCGAUGAGGCCAAGUGGAAGAAGAUGAUUCCUUUGAAAAAAAAAGAAGAAGAGAAAGGUGUACAUAAUACAGAAGAUGAAAUUGAAGAAAGUGAAGGACAUGCAAAAAAGCAUCUACUCCCCAUAGAGAUAAAGUUCAACAGUGAAAUGGGAACUGGUAGAGGAGGUGGUUCAAGCAGGGGCAGAGGCAGAGGAAGUCGAGGUGGAGAGGCUGGAGGUCGGGGUGGUCUCAAAAAACUGCAACAAAAACUUCAACCUACGCCUAACGUGGAUGAUGAGAAAGAUUUUCCAAGUCUUUCAUAGAAAUUAUGACGCGUUAUGCAAAGUAUUUCUUAAUAUCAAGGUAUAACCCAUAGAUAAUGUUAAUUGAAUUUAAUGUGUUUCUAAGUUACUUUAUUGAAUAGUCCAAAAGUGGUUUGAUGAAAGCAUCUGACGAGUAAAGUAAAUUUGAGUCCCCGUUAUGUUUUGGCUUAUCUUUGCAAGUUUUGCCAUUUUUCAUGUUUUUUACACCAAGUUUUUAUUGCUGAAUUUUUUAAACAAUUUUAAAUUUGGCUUUUGUUUCAUUGUUAUGUCAUUCAACGAAUUUUUCAAAUCCAAUUUGCGGGGCGUGAGUCUAUGCUUCUCAAGUGUUUUGUUGAAUUUGUUAUGUGCGGAGACUGAUAUUGAAUUAAGGAUUUUUCGUAUGGUUUAGUUUUUUAUGUUUCAAAAUUGCAAGAUUCUCGUAAGCUAGCUAUACGCAAACUGAGGUGAACAAAACUGGUAAAUUUUCCGCGUGGAUGUGAGGCGCUGCGUUUAAUGUGUACCUUCGUACCUUAUAUAUCAAAUGUUUAAAUUAUUUUCAUACUUUUGUUAACGAUACGAUAAGUUUUAUAUAUUAUAAUUUAUUAGCGUGCCAUUUAUUGAUCACACGCGAGUGCUUACGCUCGUAAGAUGUGUCUGCUCUUUUUAAAUGUUCAUUUGGAAUUUUCAUUUUAUAGCCUUUUGAACGGUUUCAUGAAAUUUUCACUGGGCUUUUUGUUUGCAUCAUGUAGUUAAAUUAUAGCACAUAUUAUGGCUUGAAAUGAAUCAGUUCAGUGACCUUAUAUAUGCGGUUUACGCAUCCACCAUGCAACUGUUGGAAACUGCAUAUUAUUGAUCUAAACAUUGUAUGUGUGUGUGUGUUGUUGUGUGUGUUUGUCUGCAGCGUGUGCGAACCACGUGUAUUUGUCUCUGUUGUGAGCUUUGUACAUGCUACGUGAAAGAUUUGUUAAAUUAAUAUACGAAAACGUGUGGUGCCUUGUAAUAAAAGAAAAAAGUUUUUAAA